UUUCAGGGGUGAUGUCAGCGCUGCAGUGACUCCAGGAAAGGCAAAAUGAAGGCAGGGCAGUCACGCUGAGCUCACGUUUCCUCUUGCACCACUAUGAGAGGUUCGUUCCUAGAAGCCUGAGUCCAACUUCUGGCACAAUGGGAACUGCCCGCCGUGGAGCAGCGGCUCUCCCAGCCUGGGAUGGACCCUUCAGCAGUGUCAGACGCGGGAUCACAACAGACAGCGAUUUGCCCUGUGCAGCUUCAAAGCUGGCAACAACAGCUACAGCCUUGCUGGGUGGCCAAGAUUACACUGCCAAUUCAAGUGACUACCCCUAUGAGUACCUGAAUGAGGAAGACUACGUGCUCUAUGGCCUUUGCACCAAAGAAGAGGUGGUGUCCUUUGGCAAAGCAUUCUUGCCAGCUUUUUAUAGCAUGUUAUUCCUGGUUGGGUUCACUGGGAACGCUCUUCUGUUUACUGUCCUCAUGUAUGUCAGUAAGCAAAAGAAGACAGCAGAGUUGUAUCUGCUGAACCUGGUGGUUUCGGAUUUUCUCUUGCUGCUAACCCUUCCUUUCUGGGCCCUGUUCAUUUCUCAGUGGGUGACCUGGGAUCUGUUGUGCCCAGUCUUAAAUGCCAUGUACAUCAUGAAUUUUUACAGCGGUAUCUUUUUUGUAAGCUGCAUGAGUCUGGACACGUAUCUGCAGAUAGUUCAUGCCUACUCUCCUCACUGCUCUGUGACACGGAAGAAGUCCUUCCUCAUCUUGUUGGUGCUGUGGGUCCUCUCCAUACUCCUCUCCAUUCCCGAUGCCCUCUUCAGCAGCACGAAGGAAAUGCACAACAAAACCAUCAUGUGCACGCAUGAUUACGGCCAGAAACACUUCUUUUGGAAAGUUGUCUUUCAGGUCACUCAAAACAUCCUGGGUUUCCUUUUGCCUUUCUUCUUCAUGGUGUUCUGCUAUUCCCGCAGCGUGUGUGUCCUCACCACGUCUCGGGUGCCUGGCUCGAGGAGAGCACUGCUCUUUGUCUUUACUCUGGUGGUUGUCUUCUUUAUCCUGUGGUUCCCUUACAACAUUGUCCUCGUCCUUCACUCCCUACAAUACGUUGGUUUGAUCCAGAGCUGUGAGAGGAGUAGGCAACUGGACUAUGCCAUGCAGAUCACAGAGAGCUUGUCCUUUGUCCACUGCUGCCUCAACCCUGUGCUCUACGGUUUUAUGAAGAAACGAUUCAGGUCGUACCUACAGAAGAUCCCUCAGGCUUUCUGUAGGAAGGGCACCUUUGACAUCCAGCUCUCAGAAACAAGCUGCUCUUGCAGCAGAUACACCGCUCAGAUAGAAAUGUUGAGCGUCACCAACACAUGAUAAAUUCUUUCUGGCUUUUGCCACGGGGCACUGUGCUCAGCCAGGCUCACCCCUCAGCCUACCAGGAGAGGCAACAGGAAGAACAGGCAGUUUUAAGUGGGUCUGAACCACACUGAAGCGUACUGAGCAGGACACUGUGUCUACCCAAGGGAUGGAUCCUUGGUCUGAGAUCAGUUUCAUAGAAUCAUAGAAUCAUAGAAUCACCAAGGUUGGAAAAGACCUAAAAGAUCACCCAGUCCAACCGUUCACCUAUUCCCAAUAGCUCCCACUAAACCAUGUCCCUCAACACAACAUCCAGCCUUUCCUUGAACACCCCCAGGCUCGGUGACUCCACCACCUCCCUGGGCAUCCAUUGCAGUGCCUGACCACCCUUUCUGAACAGUAAUACUUCCUCAUGUCCAGCCUGAAUCUCCCCUGCCGUAGCUUGAAGCCAUUCCCCCUGCUCCUAUCACUGAUGACACGAGAGAAGAGGCCGACCCCCAGCUCACUACAGCCUCCCUUCAGGCAGUUAUAGAGAGCAAUGAGGUCUCCCCUGAGCCUCCUCUUCUCCAGGCAGGUUUGAUCAUCACAGCACCAGAAUUCAGACCAGUAACUAUCAGCAAGAGAGAGAGGGAAAAAAAAAACACAAAAUGAAAAAGCUCAAUGGAGACCAUCAUUAACAGACAUCAGUUUGACCUGUUUACAGAGUGGCAGCAUGGCCUUAAACGGAAGAGCAUGGAUAGCUAUUUGCCAAUUCUUAUGACUGAUGUGCUUUUACAGUUCAAGGUUACUAGUUUGUUGAUCUUUAUUUAAAAGGUGCUGUUCACCCCAAAUGUUUUUGAACUUUAGCUGGGCUUUUUCCAGCCUAGAAAUCAAUUCAGCAUGUAAAUUGGCUAGAACUGUGCAAAUAAAGUUUAUACCUUCAGAGCACAUGCUCAUCACCUUCUUGAUGUUAUUGCUAGAUAGUGUUACUGAUAGAACUGAGAAGGGUUUUCAGUUGAACAAAAAACAUGCAUUUGUUUUCACUGCCGUUAUUGCCAUCAUCACUGCUGUGUGUUUCCAAAAUGGUAAAGCUAGGAGCUUCACUUAUAAAAACACCAAAGCAAAUAUGAAGGUGAUGCUACGCUGUGAUCUUUGCUACGUGGGUCAGGUCUGCGGCAGGGGUGUGGAAGGGAAGAACAGCUGGGAAACAAAUCUGAGAUAGAUAGAGAUCUUCAUCUCCUGAUCUACCUAGGGAGGGCCCUUGGGACUGUAAAGAGCUUUUGAUGGGAUGCUUAGGGGAAGAGGUGAAGGUAAAGAAAACAAGGGGUGAACUGGGGAGGAACGAGGGUGGGAAAAUAGGGAGCGGGUGGAAGCAGCUUGCCCUGUGCAUGGUCAUCUCCUUACUAAAUCCUUUUCCCUAACUCUCUCACCACUUAAUGCCCCUUUAUCCCACUCGACGCUGCUGCAAGGUCCGCAUGCAGCAGCUGGAUGCCCAGUAGUGCUGCACUGGGCACAAGGCACAAGGUUCCUGGGGUACCCCCACCCCAACGGGAGACAUUGAGGACCAGAAGGCAACAUGAGUGGAGCUGUUGCAGACCUUUCCUUCUCUUGGCAUUUGAGACCAAAGUAGCUCCGCUCUGUCUCCGGCUUGAUCCCAAUUCCAGCAGCACUUCAAACAUCUGUUCCUCCUCUCUUCUUUCCAGCCUGCACUGCAUAUCUGUAGCUGAGUGUUAAAUGCAGAAAUUGCUGAGGGGAAUUCUCCAAAGACCCUUUUACAAAACAGUGCAGCCCUGAAAAGAGGUUUGGCUUAUACUGCUGCAGAGCUCACGCUUACACCCAUCCACUUUAUGCAGCAGCCUGUUGACUGCAGUGGACUCUAACGUACCUUUCACUUUAAAAAUCUCCGUGUGUCAGCCAAGAAAGAGA